AUGGCAGAAGUCCAUAGUGUCGUGAACCGGAUUGUGUCCGCCGACAAUCCGCGCGAUCCAAAUUUCACCAGAUUCGCCUUCAGCCCGUUCCUACGCAAGACAUUCGGCUUUGGUCUCGCCUCCGAUGUCCCCGUCUGCAAGGCCUAUCGCGAAGGGCACUGUCCCCUGGGUCCCAUGUGUCCCGACCGGCACCCAACACCCUCGCGAAUCUCAACAGCGACGUCGCCCGCUAUCGCGCCAUCGUCUACGCACGGCAGUCUGGUCUGCAAACAUUACCUAAAGGGACUAUGCAAAAAGGGCAUAAAAUGCGAAUAUCUACACGAAUACAAUCUGCGCCGCAUGCCGGAGUGUCAAUCCUUCUCGCGGAGCGGCUACUGUCCAAACGGCGAUGAUUGCCUGUACCAACAUGUCCCCGAAGAAGCAAAGCUACCAUCCUGCGAGCAUUAUGAGAAGGGCUUCUGUCCGUUGGGACCGCUGUGUGCGAAGAAGCAUGUGCGGAGGAAGAUUUGUCCGUUUUAUCUGGCUGGGUUUUGCCCCGAUGGGAGAGCGUGUGCGCACGGUGCGCACCCGCGGUGGCCGGAGAAUUUGCCGAAGCCUACUGUGAGGGUGGAGAAGUCUGCGGAGGAGAUUGAGAGGGAGAAGGCUCGAAUUCGGGAGGAGCAGGAGAAAGAGGAGGAGAGGGAGCGGGAAUGGAGGAGGGAAAAUCGGGGUCGGGGUGGUCGGUUUAUGGGCGGAAGGUUUCGGGGGAAGAGGUGA